CGGUUGUUUUGAACAUUUGAAACAUGGAGGAACGAGAAAGAAAACGUGCUGAAACUACCGACAGAGACGGCGCACGGUCUGAGGCUGCGGUCGGCUCGAGUAGCCCGUCAGUGGCGGAGCUCGGACCGGGAGCAGAAGGGGAAGCGGGGGACGAUGACCCGGCGAAGACGGACGUGUGCUCGGAGCGGUUCGACCCGCUGCUGGCUCUGUACUCUCCGAACGUGACGCUUCCUUUUCCCAACAUCAGGAGCUUCAACAACGUGGCGGAGUACGAGAGCUUCCUGAAGGGCGGCCGCGGCAGAGCCAAGCCGGAGAACGUGGAGAAGAAGCGGCGCAAGGCCAACAAAGGAGUGGCGGACCCGGAGCGCAUCGAAAGGCUGAAGAAGAUGAUGAUCAACAACCCGGUGCCGGAGGAGGGGGACAACAGCGCCCCCCGGCGGCGGAGAGGCCCGAAGCCGCAAAAAAGCGUCCUGACCAGGAUGGCCGCAUGUCACGGCGGUCCUUUGGGCGAGUUGUACCGAUGUGUUGAGGAGAAGAUACGAGUCAAAGUUCACAUCAGAACCUUUAAGGGACUCAGGGGAGUGUGCUCAGGCUUCAUUGUGGCCUUUGAUAAGUUCUGGAACAUGGCGAUGGUGGACGUUGAUGAGACGUACAGAGAUCCUCUCCUUGGAGAAGCAUUAUACCAUGAAAAAGCACUCACUAUUUCACGGCUCUUCGAGAAGCUGAAGCUCCAGCAGAGUUCACCAGGCAAGGAGCCCGCAGCACAGCACAAUACUGCAGAAGCCACAAAAAUUCCCAUUCCGGCUGGCACGAAAGGUGAGAGCUCCGCCGGGCCCAAACUAUCAGACACACUUGAAACCAGAAGACAGGAACACGGAGCGCCAUCGAAAGCCGAGGAUCCAACGGCUUGUAAGAAGAAAGCAUAUGGCAAGGUGCAUUCACGCCACAUGAACCAGCUCUUCAUCCGGGGUGAAAAUGUCAUCCUGGUUAACCUGGAGUCACUUUGAUUGGUCUUUGUUCUCUUUUUGAUGGUUGAUCUGGAGAUGAAAGCUCAGAUAUAAAGAGGACAUUCUGCUUCAGACCAGCUGUCAGAUUUGAUUAGAUUCAGAAGAAUCAAACCGUUGUAUCAUAUUGGUAUGUUUCGUUUUUUUCUCUGCACACCAGAGAUUUGAUUGAAAAAUUAAAGCUUCU